CGCCGCCGCCCGCCACCGCCGCCCCGCAGUUCCUACUGUUCGGGGGCUUUGCGCGUCGGUCCGCGCGCGGCCGUAAAAGUGCCGAAGCCGCGGGUACCGCAAGUGACACUAUCCGCGGAGAUGUGAUCCGGAACUUAAAGGAGACGCUCAGUAGUUUGUAGUUCGCCCCCCUAUUCUAAUGCACCCACUUCACAUACUCUCCCCUCUAAUGCACAGACCACGACAAGUCCCCUCUUCUUACGUGCCAUAUUACUCAGCAGCCUGUGAUACACUACCCCAUAUCUAGAAACUAUCUUCGUAGCCAUAGCUAGGAAAGUACGUGUUGUAAGAUUUAAAAGGAAGAGAAGAAAAAAAUAAGAAACGUGCUGCCAGACUGCCAGCAGACACAUUCGCCUACCUGAUAAGAAGGGAGAAAAGAAGACUUGAGAAUUUAAAAUGUCGACCUGCACCGAUGAAGCUGACAAUGGACCGCUGCAUAUGCAGGAGGCCCUCUCACCGGUGCAGGAGGGUCCGGUGUCGCCAGCAUCGUCCUCUCUGAGCAAUCAAAAUCAAAAUGAAAACGAGCAGGUCCUGCUGGCGACGAUGCAGCCGGUCAACGUACUCGAUCUCCACGAACCACCGCAUCCGCUUCAUCACAAGUACCACCACCAUCAUCAUCGUCACCAUCAUCACCAGCAUCAUCAUCAUCAGCACAUGCAGCAGGAUCAGGACGAGCAAAGGGGUCCGGACGAGGACGAUCGGGUCACGCCGGAAGCCGCUGGUGCCGGUACGAAUUUGGGUGAGCACAAGAUGAUCGACCUGAUCUACAACGACGGGCAGAAGACAGUGAUGUACACCCACGACAAGGAGAUCAUCUACGAGAACGAGGCGGACAGGGUCCAGGUGGUGGAGUAUCCGCCGCCGCCCCCGUCACCGCCGUCCCCAUCGCCACCGGCCACUACGGCUGCAGCCGUUGCAGCAGCCAGGGGCGCUUUGCUACCGGGAAACUGUGGUCCAUCCAGGACAUCGGCCGCGCUUCAUCUGCAUCACUAUCCCCAGCUGCAGCUGCAACACGAGGACGAUAUACCACGAGGAGUCAGUGCGAGCGUGUCCAAUUGCGCAGCAGCCACGACCACCACGACCGUCCUGGUCCUUUCUGAGCUGGUCGCGGCUGAUCCUGUAGCUGGAGCCGCAGCAGCCCAGCAGCUCACCCUGACAGCAGCCUCGCUACGUGCAGGACGGCGAAGUCGCACCGAGGAGAAUUCAGGUGGGGUCGACGAGGAGGGACAACAGGGCUACGGGGCCGUGGCGGGCACGCGAGAGACAGAGGACGAAGAGGAGCUGGGGGCCGAAGAGGCGCAGUCGCUGCAGAACGCGGCGGUACAGGGCGAAGCUGCGGACCCUGAGGUCCAUAAGAGGGUUGCUGCCGUGCAGGUGCAGGUGCAGGGCAUGGAGGGUGACUGGAGGGCGUACUGCGAGCAUCCCUUGUCGGUUGCUACGGCGGCAAUGUUGAAUCUACAGCAGCAGCAUCAGGUUCCCGCCGUGUCCGGACACAGCGAUGAUCCGGCAGCCUCCUACGUUUAUGAAUAUUAUAAAUUACCAGAAAAGACGGCGGAUGUCAAGCUGCCGCCUACUCACGAACUCUGGUCCACGGGUGUAAUGGGCCAGAAGCUGCUGGUGCAGGAGGCGCCUGGCCCAGGGCCGGGUCCUGGUUCGGCGAAUAGGAUGGAAGGAGGCGAGGGCAACGGCGGCGGAGGAGGGGAGCUCCACCACUUCCUUCAUCAGUACAACCAACAAUCCCACAGUCCUGGCCAGAGCCUUCAGGGUGGUCUUCCGCUUCCGUUGAGUCCGCAAUCGUUGCGCCACGACGGAACGUCCAGCGGCGGGAUUGCCGGGGUCAAGAGGGAACCCGAAGACCUCAGCUCGUCCCGCGGGGGUCAGCAGUCGAACAAGCGGCACAAAAUGGCCCAACCUGAGAGUCCGACGCCGCCAGGGAUGUACCACCAUCACCAGCAUCAGUUACAGGUGCAGCAGCAAUACGGCAGUCCGUACGAUCCUUACUCAUCCUGCAGUCCGCGAUUGCAGUCUGCAGCUUACACCUCGACCUCGGGCAACCCUACGGGAAAUGCAGCCAAUCCGACGGCACUUCAUCAGGAGGCCACUGCGGUCUACGUCACUGGCGAUGCGCUUCCACCUUUAGCAUCAUCCAGCUCAUCCUCGUUGUCCACGACAACCGCUUCGUACACGAGGUACGAGGUUGUACCGAGCUCUUAUGCUACGACACACGCGAUUCGCUCCUCCUCGAGCAGCAGCAAAGUGUUGACCGUUGAUCUUCCCAGCCCUGAUUCCGGUAUCGGUGCCGAUGCUGUCACCCCGAGACAAGAUCAUCAUCCACCCACGGCUCUUCAUCAGUCGUCCUUUGACUACACGGAACUGUGUCCUGGUGGACCAACCGCAGGCGCCGCAGUCGUACUCGAGAGUGGCGCCGUGAUACAUCAUCAGCCAUUGCAACUGCAAUUGCAACAGAGCCACACGCAGGCGCAAGUGCAACGAGGUACACUGGUUGCCGCUGGAGCAACUAACCCAAACCCAAACCCUCCGAGAUCCAGACCCUGGCAUGAUUUUGGUAGACAAAAUGAUGCGGACAAGAUACAAAUACCAAAACUCUACUCGGCGUACGGAUUCAAGUAUCAUCUGGAAUCGCCCAUCAGUACGUCGCAGCGACGCGAGGACGACAGAAUAACGUAUAUCAACAAAGGACAAUUUUAUGGUAUCACGUUGGACUAUGUGCCGGAUCCCGACAAGCCUCUGCUCAAGACGGGGCAGACAGUUAAGAGCGUUGUAAUGCUGAUGUUCCGGGAGGAGAAGAGUCCCGAGGAUGAGAUAAAGGCUUGGCAAUUCUGGCACGGUAGACAGCACUCCGUUAAGCAACGUAUCCUUGACGCUGAUACUAAAAAUAGCGUAGGUCUCGUUGGCUGCAUCGAGGAAGUGGCUCACAAUGCAAUAGCCGUCUACUGGAAUCCAUUAGAAUCUUCGGCCAAGAUCAACGUGGCGGUACAGUGCCUGAGCACGGAUUUCUCAAGUCAAAAGGGUGUAAAGGGUUUGCCCUUACAUAUUCAAGUAGACACGUACGAGGAGCCGCCGCCACAUCCUCACUCUUAUACUCCUCCGUCUCAUAGAGGUUAUUGCCAGAUAAAGGUCUUCUGUGAUAAGGGUGCGGAGAGGAAGACGCGCGACGAGGAGAGAAGAGCGGCCAAACGAAAAAUGACGGCAACAGGAAGAAAGAAGCUGGACGAACUUUAUCACUCGGUCACGGAACGCAGUGAAUUUUAUUCAAUGGCCGAUCUUCACAAACCUCCUGUGCUCUUUUCGCCGCCCGCCGAACACGCCAUUGAUAAGUGUUUCUUUUCACGACAGUUCUCAACGAUGGAGUUGUCGGGAUUCUACGGAGGUGGCGGCGGCGGGGGCGGGGGCGACACGGACACUUCAUCCCUCAGUAACGGUGAGGGUGGAGGAUUGAAGGCAGGGGGUAGCAGCCCUUAUCCCGCGUGCGGCAGACCAAGCCUGCCAGCUCUCAAGUUCCACAACCAUUUUCCGCCCGACAAUCUGAGUUCGCUCCACGACAAGAAGGACUCGUUGCUGAUGCAGGUGCAGGAGCUCCAGGGCUCGGUACUCCAGAAUGUGCAGCAGGGCAACUUGGGCUCCGGCACGGUUGUCUCGGGUGUCGGUAACAGGCUUCACAUGCAGCAGCAGCAUUUGCGCGGCACCGACGCCGAGGAGCGCGUGAUGCUCUACGUUCGCCAGGAAUCCGAGGACGUCUACACGCCGCUUCACGUGACGCCACCGUCGGUCCAGGGACUUCUCAACGCUAUUGAGUCAAAGUACAAAAUUGCAUCCUCGAGUAUUAAUAACCUCUAUCGCAAAAACACAAAGGGAAUUACAGCGAAAAUUGACGACGACAUGAUACGCUACUACGUCGACGAGGAUCUCUUCCUUUUGGAGGUGAGCCACUCGCACGUUAAUUCCGAUCGCAAUCCCAAUCCAGGAUCACCGGGUGAUCCUGGGGAUCCUGGUGAUCCGCCAUCCGCUGGCUACGACGUCACUCUCAUCGAACUUUCGUCUUCACCGACGCCAUUACCGCCCUCGCCGCUUACCGUAACUGCGGCGCAUGCGCACGCUCACAGCCAUUCGCACGUCCACUCGCACGUACACGAGACUGGAAACACGUGAAUGCGAGGCAGUUUUGUUUUUAAUUCGUGACGAUUUGUCGCGACUGUAUAUAUGUAAAGGGUGCGGCGUCUGCCCACUACCCUGUGGAGUGUGAAAAAUAAUCGUCGCUCCAGGAUAACGUGCCAAUUCUGACGCCCGUGGAUCCCGGGUUAUGUGUCGUUUUAACCGCUGGAAUUUAAUUGGCCGUUUGCGCGAUGAAAAUCAUUGCCAUGAAGAUCCGUCAGAUCAUUUGGAAUGAUGCGCGCGAGUGAUCUCUCAUGAAAGAGUCGUACCAAUAUACUGUUUUCUCGUGGAAACUUGUAAAAGCAUGGAACUUAAUAAUGGGUGUUCUGCAUGAUGACAGUCGAUGAAUAAUUGGAUGUGACUGGAAUCGAUUAUUCGUUGUCUCGUGGUGGGUUGUGGGUCGUGAAUUUUCAUUUAAUCAGGAUUAUCGUAUCCUGUGAUUGUAGUUACUUGACGGCGAAUGAUAUGCCGAUGUUUGUUGAUACGAUUGGGUUGGUUGUAUAAAACUUAUACAGAAUUAAAAGCUUUUAUCAUUACGGUUAAGAACCGACUGAGUUUCACAUACGGUAUCCGUUGUCGCAGAAAUGGACGAGUCGCUUGCGGAUUUGACAUAAGGAUUUGUUUUUUUUUGUUCGUUGGAAUUUAAUUUACCAAGUUUCCUCCAGAUGCGUUCGUUUAUGUGAUUACGGAUCUCUAGUGGUCAUUGAUUGGCAAUUUUCACUUCAGUGAUUCAUUAGCGGCCUAUAGGCAGGUGAGCAAAUUCGUAUAUUCAUAUAUUUUUUGUAUAAAUAGAAUUUAGGCCUCAUUCGAUUGCCAAUUUUUAUUGGUACUGCUCUUUAUCAAUGGGUAUCCAUACUAUAUGUAUAUCCAUUACCAAGCGUCUAGAUUACGUAUUCGGAACGAUCGACUCGGCUGUCGGAAAUCAGCUAAAGCGAAUUAUCAUUACUCGGACACGAUCACGUAACUAAAUCAAUCAAAAUUGAUUUAAGGUCUACAUUAUUUUAAGUCUACGUAUGACGUAUGUAUAUGAGAUUUACAAUUUUAAGCCUUUAGACUCCACGACAAUAUUAUUAAUGUAUUUCUAUCAGAAUGAGGAAGUUCAGCGCGAGAAGGAAACUUUUUUUAAAUUUGCGUGUUUUCCAAGGAAAAGAAAAAGAGGCGAAACGCAUAAGAUAAUUAAAUUUUCAAUUACCGCGUAUUUUUGCCAUAUCAUUUUAAUCGCGCAUACGUGAAUGAAAAAAAAAAAAUCUAAACGAUUGAUUAUCAUGAAGCGGAAUUAUGUAUUGGAGUUACGUAAUCCACUCCUCGGAUUAAUUCGCUAAUUUUCUCCCUGUUAUCACAUUUCCAAAUAACGUUGAAUUGUUCCUUGAUCAAUUUGAGUUACACUUUAUUUGCGACGCCCUGUAAAUACAUAAAUAGCUAUCAAUUACUAAAACAAACACAAGGACGCACGAUAUCGUCUUCCGUUUUUCAAAGUUCCCACAUUCCUAUAUACCUGGUGUAAAAAAAUUAAUCAAUCACAAUCGAUACUUCAAUAUCAAAAAUAUACGUCUGCCUGUCUUCGCCAACGAAUUACUCUCGCAUACCAUCAAUUUCGUAGCACGUGUAUCGUACAGAAGCGAAAGACUAAAGUUCAUACGAAUUCGUCCAGCGAGCAAGGAAAAUGGAGGAACUGAAUUUUUCUAUGUCUUAAGGCUAAGUUAACAAAAAUUGUGUAAAACGUCACUUCACCGUGCAUACCUUUUUCUUAUACGUACCCCAUUACCUAUUCCGUAACUGUAAGAAAAUCAGAUCGAAAGAUUAAAACGCACGACAUCGAUGCUCAGAUUAUUAAUCAAUGUCGAGAAGAGCGAGCGAAUGCGAGAAGUGGCAUUUAAUAUACGGAGAUGAAUAAUUUGUUAUCGUUCCCAGUGCACGUCUGUGGCUCUCAAGAUUUUCGACAGAGAUAACGUACGAGAGAGACGUCGAGGAAAAAAAAAUAUAUAUUUUCAUUUCUUUCCGAAAUCAAUUCUUUUAUUUCCCGAGGGAGAGUGGCAAAGAGAGAGACGAUGACGUCACUGGUAUCGAGCCUUGCCUUGUUAUUGCGAUAUAUACGUUACUUUUAAUAACGAUUACUUGUUGUUAGAAUACUAGUGCUAGGUUAGGCUAGGACUAGAUAUCACAUUAAAAAAAAAAAACACUAUUUUAAUCAUACGUACGUCGUACCGAUAUCAAAGCAACGAUCAAAAUACGCUUGUAAAAUGCAUAUUAUUAUUGAUACUAUAUUUUGUUACAUUUAUUACAGACAGCAUAGAUAUUAUAAUAUUGUCUAUUGACUAGAGCAUAGUAAUUACCUAUAUUGUUAUUUUUAUACAUAUACACAGCAGAGGUCCGUUAGGCCCAUGAUUAUUCGUGUUGGUCCAUGACAUUAUGAUUACCGCUCGAUCGUAUUCGAAAUCGAAUUAAAAGGAUGUUGAGGAAAGUUGAGCUCGGCCAUGUUUUUUUUUUUUAGGUCCUAGUAUCAAAGCUUCGUAAGUCCCUGCGAGAUGAGACGGUCCCGCGGGAGGUCCAGAUCUCUUGAAUCUUAUAUUUAAAAAAAAAAAUACAUUCCGCACUCUCGUGGCUGCGAUUUCCGCACGCGUUACCGUACCGAUGUCCCAAUGACUUUUCGCCAUGAUAAUUCGCGAAACUUUAUCUGAGUCAUCGAAAAAUGAUUUCGCGGAAGGAUCAUUGCGCAUUGCGUGACGAGCAUGUAUCAUUAUAUACGCGGGGUUUGAUUUUAUAAGCACGGCUGCGCCUCGGUAACGCGUUUACCUUGUUGCGACGGACUUAAACAAAGCGUCGGGACGCCGACGCAUUUACGCACAGUAGGAACCACUGUAGAACGCGAUCGAUCUUUUAUAUUGAACAACCCGUAGGCUUAGCGAUUAAAGAUAUAUAUAUAUAUACCUAUAUAGUCCUAUAGGUUGAUAUGAUGUAUAGUCGAGCGAAUGAUCGAUACCGAUCGAGAGGAGUUUAUUACAAUGGAAAAAAGAAAAAGAAAAAAUACGAAAUAAUGAAUGAUUGUCGCGACGUCUUGCCAUCGUGAGAUUGUGCCAGAGGUGAUAUUAUAUUAUUAUGAUUUUUAUUGCAACAAUAAAUAUUAUAUUAGUACGUUUUAUAAAAUACCGUAAGAAUUAUUAUUAACAUUACGUAUCAGUUUAAGCUGAAUACAUUAUUAGAUAUUAGAUAUUAUUAUUAUUAUUAUUAACAUUAUUGUCAUUAUCGAUCAUCAAUUGUCGAUCGUAUAACACGACCAUUGAUCAUUA